GUAUGCAGCAACUACAACUGAACACCUUAUACACAAUGAGAUCAUUCGAACAUACAAUUUUUUGGACUCACGUUAUCCCUUGAGACCCAAUCCAAGCUUCGACUGACUGUUUCUCCCAUUCACGUCCCCAAAACUCACUCGCUAUGAAGCUCUCCGCCACUUUGACUGCCUUGGCCGUCGCAGCCUGCCAAAUCGCUCAGGUUCUCGCUCAUGGAGGUGUCCUGUCGUACGACAUCGAUGGUACAACCUACGACGGGUUCAAAGCAUACAACACGCCCGUCGGGCAGUCUAGCAUUCAACGUGAAUGGGACACCUACAACCCCAUCACUGACCCUUCAGACGCCAACUUGGCAUGUAACAUUAAUGGUGCUUCUUUGGGCGCCGGGCAGCUCUCUGCUACCAUUCCUGCUGGCUCGAAGGUGACCGCACAAUGGAAUGACUGGCCCCACACUAUUGGUCCUGUCAUGGUCUAUAUGGCUAACUGCAACGGGGCAUGCACCAACGCCAACCCAUCUUCUCUUUCAUGGUUCAAGAUCGACGAAGCAGGCUUACUUUCCGGUAACCUCGUCGACGGCACCUGGGGUCAAGGCAAACUCGUCGCCGAUGGUAGCACUUGGGUCUCAACCAUCCCAGCUUCCCUCGCCCCAGGCGAAUACAUGCUCCGACACGAGUUGUUAAGUAUUCAUACCAGCAAUCAACCACAGUUCUACCCCGAGUGUGCACAAUUGAAAAUCACGGGAUCGGGAACUGCUCAGCCCUCAGGCAAUUUCCUUGUCAAGUUCCCUGGAGCGUACAAGGCUUCUGACCCUGGUGUUACUAUCGACAUCUACUCUGAACCUGACCAGACAACCUACACUAUUCCUGGACCUGCUGUCUGGCAGGGAUGAGUAGUGCAUCUUGUACCGGGUAUGGGGAGGCAAAUGCUGUAGGAAGUGCAAAGGAAAAGAAGCAGAAGAAAAAACUUGUGUAUUACCGAGUUCCAGAUAUCUGAUUCCUUGUCGUUGUCGUUGUCGUUGUCGUGUUUGCAAUUGACAAUUGAGAGUUGAUGUCCAAGCACACGUUUUCAAGCAGUAUAAAAUCAAUGAAAUCAUUGCAACUGA